AUGAUUAUGGUUCAUGAAUCUGCUAAUUUCUAUUGUGAUCUAUAUACUGAAAAAAUGCAUCGUAGUGCUUAUGCUACACCAAAAAAUUAUCUAGAUUUUAUUCAUACAUUUAUUCAAUUGUAUAAACAAAAGAAAGAUGAUUUAUUAAAACAAGCUGAACGAUUAAAUGUUGGAAUCAUUCGAAUUGAUGAAGCUAGUAUACUUAUACAAGAAAUGGAUAGAAAAUUAGAAAAACAACGUAAAGAACUUGCAAUAAAAACACAAAAAUGUGAUGAUUUAUUAUCCGAAAUAACUAUUCUAACUGCUAAACAAACCGAACGUAAAAGUCGAGCAUUAGAAAAAAAGCAAAUAGUUGAUGAACAAUUAAUAAUUAUAGAAAAAGAAAAACAUGAAGCUGAAUCACAAUUACAAGAAACAAUGCCAGCAUUACUCGAAGCUCAACAAGGUCUUGAUACACUCAAAGCAACUGAUAUAACUGAAAUGCGUAGUUUUGCAAAUCCAGUUGAUACAUUAAGAUUAAUCGGUUAUUGUAUGUUGAUUUAUUUGGGUCAUCCAUCAAUUACUUGGAAAGAUGUUCGAGGUGUAAUGGCUGAUAUGAAAUUUAUAACAAAUUUAAAAACUCGUGAUCCGGAUUUAUUUACCUCGAAACAAGCAGUACAAUUAAAAAUUUAUUUGAAAAAAUUAGAAGAAAAACUUGAUCCAAAUCAUAUAUAUUCAUUAUAUGAUAAAUCUGAACGUGAUAUUAAACUUCUUACAUUAAUGAGUAAUGUUAGUCGUGUUGGUGGUAGUCUGUUUAAAUUUAUCCAUGCUAUUGAUAAUUACAUGGAUAAAUAUCGUGAAACAAAACCUAAGAAAGAUCGUUUACUUUCUAUUGAAAAUGAUUAUGAAAUAAAUCUUACAGAAUUAAAUCGAUUAGAAAAUCAUAUUGAAAAAUCGACAAAUAUAUUAGAUGAUUUUCGAAAACGAUUUGAUAUUGCAAUGGAAGAUAAAAUUAAAUUCCAAGAAGAAACAGAUAUUGCUAUACGUCGUCGUCUAGCAGCAGAAAAACUUUUAUUUGGUUUUAAUAGUGAAACACUCAGAUGGAAAGAUGAAGUUAAUCAUAUGAAAGAAUAUGAAAAUGAAUUAAUAGGAAAUUGUUUAUUAUCUAGUGCAUUUCUUGCCUAUUGUAGUCCAUUUACAUAUGAAAUUCGUCAAGAUUUAAUAUAUAAUCAAUGGAAAAAAAGUUUAAAUGAAAAGACGAUUUCAAUAACAGAAAAUUUUCAAAUACAAAAUUUUCUUUCAUCAAAUGUUGAAAUAUCUGAAUGGACAUCACAAGGUUUACCAGCUGAUGAAUUUUCUAUACAAAAUGGAAUUCUUACUUUAUAUACAAAUCGUUUUCCUUUUUGUAUUGAUCCACAAUUACAAGGUUUAUUAUGGAUUAAACAACGAGAAAAGAAAACGAAUUUAAAAAUUUUAUCAAUGAGAGAUAGAGAUUUUUUAAAACAUUUUGAAUUAGCAAUUAAAUAUGGAUAUCCAGUUCUUUUCAAAGAUGUUGAUGAAUAUAUCGAUCCGAUAAUCUUAGAUAUAUUAUCUAAAAAUUUUCAAGGUGAUUCAACUCAUCAAUAUAUUAAAUUAGGUGAUAAAAAUAUAGAUAUUGAUCGAAAUUUUCGCAUGUAUUUAACAUGUCGUUUAUCUAAUCCAAAAUUAUCUACUCUACAUUUUUCUUAUUCAAAAGUAAUUAAUUAUACAGUUACAUUAAAAGGUCUUGAAGAACAAUUAUUAUCUUCUUUGGUUAAAAUUGAAAGACGUGAAUUAGAAGAAAUGCGUGAAACAUUAAUUCAAGAAAUAUUCGAAAAUAAACAACAACAAAAAUUACUUGAAGAUUCACUUUUAAGAGAAUUAACAACAACAACUGGAAAUAUUUUGGAUAAUAAUGAAUUAAUUGAAACAUUAGAAAAUACGAAAACAAAAGUUAGUGAAGUCAUACAAGCAUUAAAUUUAGGUGAAAGAACUCGACAAGAUAUUGAAAAACUACGUGAUACAUAUCGUUUAGCUGCUAGACGUGGUGCUGUACUUUAUUUUUCAUUAGUUCAAAUGUCAACAAUUAAUUCUAUGUAUCAAUAUUCAUUAAAUUCGUUUCUCUCAGUCUUUGAAUAUAGUGUAAAAAGUGCUCAAACAAAUUUUAAAUUAGAGAAACGUUUACAAUCAAUAGUAAAUACAUUAACAUAUCAAAUCUAUUGUUAUGGUACAAUCGGAAUGUUUGAAAAACAUAAAUUACUUUAUUCAUUUUUAUUAACUAUUCAAAUUGAAUUAGAUAAACAGAUUAUAAAUUAUAAUCAAAUAGAUUUUUUUCUUAAAGGCAAUUUAUCAUUAGAUAAAUCAUCGAAACCGUUAUUUAAUUGGUUAACUUAUGAAACAUGGCAUCAUUGUUCAUAUCUUUCAAAACAAUUUCCUGAAAAAUUUCAAAAUUUAAUUCUAAAUAUUGAAGAAAAUCCUAUUGAAUGGAAACAAUGGGCCGAACAUGAUCAACUCGAAAAUAUUGCUUUACCAAAAUCAUUUGAUACAUUAUUAAAUGAUUUUGAAAAAUUAAUGUUAAUAAGAUGUUUUAGUCCAAAUAGAAUUAUUUUUGCAAUUAAUAAAUAUAUAACAAAAAUAAUGGGAAAAAAAUAUAUUAUUCCACCAACAGUUUAUUUCGAUUCGAUUUUUGAACAAUCAACAGCUCAAAUACCAGUUAUUUUUAUACUUUCACCUGGAUCAGAUCCGACAAAUGACAUUCAAAAAUUAGCAGAAAGAAAAAAUCAAAUUCGAAAGAUACCGACAGAAAAUGGACUUACUAAUGAAGAACAAAAAACUAUACGAACACUUGCUAUGGGUCAAGGACAAGAAAAAUUAGCAUUACAAGUAUUACAUACAGCACAACAUCAAGGAACUUGGUUAUUAUUACAAAACUGUCAUCUACUUUUGCCAUUUUUAAACGAACUGGAAAAAGAAUUAGAAAUGUCAACGAAACCACAUCCCGAUUUUCGUCUUUGGAUGACUACUGAACCAAUUGAAAAAUUUCCAAUCGGACUUCUACAAAAAUCAUAUAAAGUAGUUAUAGAACCUCCAUCGACGCUUAAAUUAAAUUUACGUUCAAUAUUUGUUAAUUUAAAUAUUCAAAUAUUCAGCGAUUCUGAUCAUCCAGCAUAUCCUGGUAUGAUAUUUAUUCUUGCUUUCUUUCAUGCAAUUAUACUUGAUCGAAGAAAAUAUAAUAAAAUUGGUUGGUCAUGUACCUAUGAUUUCAAUGAAUCAGAUUUUCGUGUUUCAGUCGAUAUUUUAAAACAUUAUCUAAAUAUGAAUUUAGAACAUGGUAAUCUUGAUAUUCAAUGGUCAACAUUACGAUAUUUAAUUGGAGAAGUUAUGUAUGGUGGUCGUGUUAUUGAUUCGUAUGAUCGACGAAUUAUUCGUACUUAUAUGAAAGAAUAUUUUGGUGAUUUUGUCUUUGAUUCAAUUCAACAGUUUCAUUUUUUUAUUGAUAUAACAACUAAACCAUUGAAAUAUGAUUAUUUCAUUCCUGAAAUACGUGAUUUUCUAUCUGCAAAACAACGAUGGUUAUUAAAGGAAGCAAAUAUAUCAAUCGAACCACAAAUUGAAUAUAAUUUUGAAAAAUUAUUACCAAAUAAAAUCUCUGAUCUUCUUCAACAUAAUAUGGAACAAUCAAAUUCUCCUAUAAAACAAAUCGAUUAUAGAUUUCUAUCGAAAAAUGUUCUUUUCAAUCAAUUCUUUCAUUAUUCAAUUUUUCGUGAUUUUUAUUUAACUUAUAUCGAUCAAUUACCACUUUAUAAUCCACCUGAUGUACUCGGAUUACAUCCUAAUGCAGAAAUUAAUUAUUUAACUAAGACAGCCCAUGAAAUUUAUUCAAAUAUGAUUAUGAUCCAACCAGAACAAUACGAUAUCGAUUAUGGUUCAAAUAGAGAACAAUUAAUUCUAUCACUAAUCGAUGAUAUUCUUCAACAAAUUCCACCAAAGAAAGAUUUUAAUUUGUUAAGACAAAAAUUUCAACAACGUGUAACACCAUUAACAAUUGUUCUUUUACAAGAAAUUCAACGAUUUAAUUUACUUACAUCUGUUAUGUGGAAAUCUAUGAAUGAAUUAAAACAAGCAUUAAAUGGUCAAAUUAAUUUUUCAAUUCAACUUGAUGAAAUUAAUAAAGAUUUAUAUCAUGGACAAAUACCUACAUUAUGGAAAUCAUAUACACCACAAACAAAAAAAUCACUUGCAAAUUGGAUCGAACAAUUUCGACAACGAAAUCAACAAUAUGAUAGAUGGAUACAGGAUGGUGAAUUAAAAGUUAUUAAUCUAAGUGGUUUACAUGUACCUGAAUCUUAUUUAGCUGCAAUUAUGCAAAUAGCAGCACGAAAAAAUCAAUGGUCUCUAGAUCGAACAACAUUCUAUACACAUGUAACAAAAUGGCAAAAUAUUAAUGAUAUCGAUGAACCUAUACAAAAUAUAUGUUUAAUCGAAGGUUUAUAUUUAGAAGGUGCUCGAUGGGAUAUAGAAAAUAAUUGCUUAAUCGAACAAACAAAUAAACAACUUAUUCAAAUGAUGCCAUUGAUUAAAAUUAUACCAAUUGAAACAUAUCGAAUUAAUAGGAAUAAUUAUUUAGCAACACCAGUUUAUAUAACAAGUGAUCGUCGAAAUGCUAUGGGAAUAGGUUUUGUUUUUGAAGCUAGUCUCUAUACAAAAAAAGAUCUUUCACAUUGGAUACUGAAUGGUGUUUGUUUACUAUUAAAUACAGAUUCAUAA